GGGCGGGGCCUCAUUUGUGGCUAGCCGACGGGGGCGUGGCUAGAGGUAUUUCCCGGGACAUUUAAGUGCCGCAUGCAGAGGGCUGUUUGAUGUAUAGUUUGCAAAAAUAAGUAAAAAGAGAGCGAGAGAGAAAAAACCACCGCACUGAAGAUGCCCGCCACAGACGAGCAAGAUAACCGGAGGAAGCAAUUCAAGAACAACGGCAAAGACCUUGCACGGAUGCGGAAGCAAAGAAUAGAGGUGGAUGUCCAGCUUCGCAAAGCUCGGAAAGACGAACAGAUCUUGAAGCGAAGGAACAUCUCUCUCUCCGUGGAAGACGCCCUGUCUCCAGAAAAAGAAGAGGAAACUUUGGAAGCUCAGCUCACUUUGGAGGAAAUUGUCCUCGUGGUGCAAUCGGAUGACCCCCAACACUAUUUGAAGGCCACUCGGGCUACCAGGAAAAUGUUGUCUAGGCAGAAGAAUCCAUCUCUUGAUGAAGUCAUCAAAGCUGGGAUCGUUCCUAGACUGGUGGACUUCUUGUACCAUCACGAUGACCCAGCUCUACAGUUUGAGGCCGCUUGGGCACUCACUAAUAUUGCUUCCGGGACAUCGGAGCAGACCAGGGCAGUGGUGGAGGCAAAUGCCAUCCAGGCCUUUGUAGUCCUUCUGUCUUCUCCGCAUAUGCACAUCUGCGAGCAGUCUGUGUGGGCCCUGGGAAACAUAGCAGGUGAUGGCCCCGUGUACAGAGAUGCUAUAAUCAGCUUCAACGCGGUCCCUCCCCUUCUGAGUCUGGUGACGCCCACUACUCCUGUGGGGUUUCUGAAGAACAUCACCUGGACGCUGUCCAACCUCUGCAGGAAUAAGGACCCCCAUCCUCCCCUGGAUGCUGUGAAGCAGAUUCUCCCCACGCUGACCUGCCUCCUGCAACAUGAAGACAAAGAGAUCCUCUCGGAUGGGUGUUGGGCCAUCUCCUACCUGACAGAUGGGUCCAACGACCGCAUCCAUGUGGUGCUAGAGACGGGGAUCCUGCCGCGGCUGGUGCAACUCAUGGGCACUCCAGAACUGUGUAUCCUGACGCCAGCCCUGCGAGCAGUGGGUAACAUCGUCACGGGGACGGAUGAGCAAACGCAGAUGGCCAUUGACGCUGGCCUGCUGUCCGUCCUGCCCCGGCUCCUACGGCACCCUAAGCACACCGUGCAGAAGGAGGCGGCGUGGACUCUGAGCAACCUUGCAGCCGGGCCCCCCAGCCAGAUCCAGCAGCUGAUCACCUGUGGGCUGCUUCCUCCCUUGAUGGAGCUGCUGGGACAGGGAGAUUUUAAAGCUCAGAAAGAGGCCAUCUGGGCAGUUGCCAACUUCACAACUGGAGCCACUGUAGAGCAAGUGGUGAACCUGGUCCAGGCAGGCAUCCUGCAGCCUCUUCUCAACUUACUGACUGUCAGAGACAGCAAAACUAUCCUGGUGAUCCUCGAUACCAUCAACAACCUAUUUGUGUCGGCGGAGAAGAUAGGCGAGACGGAAAAACUGUGCCUGGCAGUUGAAGAGCUCGGGGGCCUGGAGAAGAUUGAAAUGCUUCAGGCUCACGAGAACAACUUGGUCUACCGAGCGGCUAUCAACCUCAUUGAGAAACACUUUUCAAGCAAUGGUGAUGGAAACCCAGCUCCAGAAGCAGACCAAGAAAGCAAGACGCUUCCUUUCUCAGCGAAGCAACAGGAUUUCUACGACUUCUGAAGUGGGGCCUGGCUUGCCAGCCACACAGCAGGCUCAUCUGGUGAGGGGCUACUACACACUCCACUUGGCUGUGGAAGCACUCCGGGGCGAAGAGACACAGGUGUGGCGGGGCUUGUUCCUUACGCUGUCGGUCAAUAAACGGCUGUUCUUGAUUUGUACAA